AUGAACUGGUCUGCUCUGGAGGCCCUCCUCAGCGGAGUCAACAAAUACUCCACCGUGUUCGGCCGCAUCUGGCUCUCCAUGGUCUUCGUUUUCAGGGUGUUGGUGUUUGUGGUGGCGGCGCAGCGUGUGUGGGGUGAUGAUAGUAAGGACUUUGUAUGUAACACGGCCCAGCCGGGCUGCGCCAACGUGUGCUACGACUCCAUCUUCCCCAUCUCCCACAUCCGCCUGUGGGCCCUGCAGCUUAUUUUUGUCACCUGCCCAUCGCUGAUGGUGGUCGGCCACGUGAAGUAUCGGGAGAAGAAGGACACGCAGUUCACCAACUCACACAAGGGCACCCAUCUCUAUGCCAACCCUGGGAAGAAACGUGGAGGGCUGUGGUGGACCUACCUGGUGAGUCUGAUUUUCAAAGCAGGCUUUGACGCCGGCUUCCUCUACAUCCUGCACUACGUCUACAAAGGUUUCGACAUGCCCCGCCUGUCCAAGUGCUCCCUGGAGCCGUGUCCCAACACGGUGGACUGCUACAUAUCCCGCCCCACCGAGAAGAAGAUCUUCACCAUCUUCAUGGUGGUCUCCUCUGCCAUCUGCAUCUUAAUGUGCAUCUGCGAGAUGAUUUACCUCAUCUGCAAACGCUUUCAGAAGCUCCUCAAGAGGAAGGCGGAGUCUGACAGGAGGAUGUUUGCCCAGAAUCAUGAGAUGGCGCCGCUGGCUGCGCCCAGGUCAGUGUUCAGGUCCAGAUCAUCAAUCAGAGUUGAUCCUACGGUAUCCAUCCAGAAUCUUAGUAACGUCAAGGCUGAGGAGUCAAUUGAGACAAAAGUGACUUAG